GGUCUGGGUUUGAACUGGGGACGGACACCCCUACUUUCUACUCCCUGCGCUAGGUACAGUAGGUACUCUGCGCUAAGUGCACUAUACUAUACUGGGCUGCGUCUAGGAGAGAGAACCACACUUGCUUGGCGAACGACGAGACUACCAAGUCUAAUCCAAGUGAAUGGAAGUCAACUACCUUACAGGACUGUCUGUACAUACAUGCACACAACCACCAGCCAUGGACUGACUGAGCCCAUUCCGUUGUUGCUUCUUUUUCUUCUUUCCUUUUCCUGUUCCUGUUCCUAUUUCCUCUCUCUUCUUUUCCUUCCUAGCUACCUACCUAUCCAAACUUCCCAACCUGGGAGUCCUCCUCCAAGACCAUACUCAACCUCAACAUCCAUCUUCAAAACGAAUACAACUGCUCUCCAGCCGCAGCAAGCUUAUACUAGCUAUCUUCCAAGUAGCUUUGUCCUCGCCGUCCGAUCUCAUAAACGAACAAUCACUCUGCCAUCCAGGAAACGAACGAUCUCCGCCGAAUUGCUUCGCUUUGAGCCGGUCUACUGCGAGUACAUUGCCAGUCUGUGCCAGUCGAACAUGGCAUUGGCCCUCCUAGAGUAUCUAUAGACCACAUUAUUCUCGACACACUCAUUCGCCGAUUUUAUCUCCGGGCUCUCAAUAUAAAGCGAAUGAAAGCUUCGGCGGGGCAAAGUCAAUUGUUCUUUUGCCGGCACAAUAGGUCAACAGGCAGUGACGCAGUGGGGCUUGCUUUGAGAGUGAAGCUUUCACGACAUACCCAACCCCGGGUUAACCUCGAAUUUGGCGAUUGCGCCUAUUGCCUCGCCCAACAGCAAGCAGGCGAAACGCAUAGGUCUCCAUGUCGGCUGGUACAUUGCUUGGGGCCUUGAACUUUCCUCCUUCACCUCCCCACGGCUCAGGCAGCCGGGAACCUAGCUUUCCUUCAAGUAUACAACUGCCAAAGCUGCACUCUCGAUUCGAUAACACUCCGUCAUCGCGAAACGGGCUUAGGACUCCCCCGACUGACGAAAUGAGCACUGUCUUUCAGCCCCAGCUGGCUUCAUGGGAGAAUCAUGCUAUUCACAACUAUCCUGCUGCAGCGCCUCAAACUGCCCGACCUGCAGCUCCUGUAACCGAUGCGAGAGCAUCUCAAUACUACAGAUAUCCCACACAGCAACAAGACCAGCAGCAGCAGCAGCAGCAGCAACAACAACCGCAACCACAAACCACAUAUAACCAUUACUACCAACAUGAGCAAUCGACACAACCUCAGCUUGAUUUACAUCCCACUUCCCAAGUCUCUCAACAACGAAAUGGAUCAAUCUCAGCAGAGUCGCAGGCCGUGGGACAGACCGUCAGGCCUUCAACGCCUGCAUCGACUGCGUCAGGUAGCAAGGACGAGUCCGAGUCGCUUGUCUAUCAUAGCCUGCAAAUCCCCAAGUGCAUCAGUCCUUCAGGUGGAAACCUCGCCGAUUUCGCUGCUCAGGUAUGCGAUCUCAAACACAUGUCGUGGAAUUCUCAAAUUUGCUAACGGGAAUAGAUGACUUGCUUGUUCUGGUUCGAAUCUAUUGAGGAACUCAAGCAGGCCGAGUCGAUCCGUGUUAGAGGCCCCAAUGCCCUCAUCCCUCGGUUACCGUCUCUCGCCAAACCCUACGACCAAUUUCGGAAGUGGGUGUACAGCGUUUUGUCGACGACACAGGUGACCCAAAAUGUCAUCCUAUUGGCAUUGUUAUUCAUCUACCGAUUGAAGAUGUCAACUCCUCAAAUCAAGGGUCGUGCCGGCAGUGAAUAUCGAUUGUUGACUGUGGCCCUCAUGCUCGGGAACAAAUUCUUGGAUGAUAACACCUACACGAACAAGACCUGGGCCGAAGUGUCAUGCUUCAAUGUGCAGGAGAUCCAUGUCAUGGAGGUGGAGUUUCUGAGCAACAUGCGAUACAAUUUGGUUGCUACAAAGGAACAAUGGGAGGGCUGGUUGGACAAGCUUUCCUGCUUCCACGAGUACUACGAGCGAGCUGUGCGAUUGCCAGCAUCCCCGAUUCAUAUUCCUUCACCAACAAAUAAGUCUCUUCACUCACCUGUCGCUUCACCGACGGGUAUGAUGCAGCCCACCGCCAAUCUCCCUACUCCGGCUGUUACAACGACCAACUACUCACCUACCUCGAGUCACUCCCAGAACUGGUCUGCAUACCACUCGAACACCGUCUCUCCAUUGGCUACCAAGCCCAACCUGCAGUUCCCUGUCUCACGGAAGCGAAGUCCCGAGGAAGAGAUUAUGGAACACCCCGCGAAGCGACUUGUUCCUCCUGGACGAGCUCCAGCUGCCGCUAUGGUUCAAGCUGUCAACCCACGAUCCAAUGGAAUCAUUGAGCCGGCGAGGCUGCCUGUCCCUCAUCUUACUGUCAUGACCGGACAACCCCAGAUGCAGCCUCAAACCCAGCCUACAUUGACACCCUUCAACAACGGCAAUGUCAAUAUCAACGGGUAUCCUCAGCCUACACAGCAGGUUGCCCAGCCUGUUCACGUCUCACUUCCUCCAUUGCAGACCGGUAUGCGAGCCAUGUCAACAGUCUACCCAUCAGGCCCCGCCGCUAUGGUACAGAAGCAAUCGCUUCCCGCAACAACGGGUGUCACCAUGGCGCAAGCUGGCUUUCCUACUCAGGCACCUGUUAACUUCGGUACACCAAACAAGCAGCACAGUCCUGGACGUCUGGGUCCCUUCAACUCAUCGCCUCUAGCUGAGGCAUACGGUCCAGCAUCGGCUGUUCACACUCCUAUGGUGCACACUCCCAUUUCUAACUCGCCGAGUGUCUUCCUGCAACAGCGACCUAGUCCGUACAAACCUGUGCGCCAUGUUAAUACGCUUUUGUGUCCCCCACCUUCGGCCUCACUUGAGCAAUAUCACCUCGCUGUGCCUGUUCCCCCGACACAGAUGCACUAUCAGCCACUGGGACGACGAAACGACCUGCGAACUGGCAUUGUCCCAGAAUUUAUGGUCUAUAACCGCAGUCACCCGCAGAACCUCCCCCCUCACGGACUCGCUCAGGGACACUACCCGUCUUAGGGAUGGCAGGGUUACCCUGCGAUCGUCCAUGAAUCUCACCACACCACACGGCGUAAGCCUCAGCUCUGAGGCCAUUUCAACUCGGCAUCUGAAGUAUAAUUCGCAUUUUUGUUCACGGAUCAUUGCAUCCUUGUUUUUAUGAAGUUAGAUUUUUGGGGUCGGAUUUGCAUCACAGCAUCGCAUGGCAUAGGCGUUUGGAAGGAAAGAAAUAGGCCAGGGUUCAACAGUCUCCCGGAUAGGACUACAUAAGGAAAUGGAUCAGGACAUCAGGGCUUUCGGUCGCAUUUGGCUUGGAGUUUGGCUUGUUUUUUUUUAAAGCGAUGAAUGCUGCGAGGCCAUAUAGGUUGGCAAUGAAGCAUGUUUCACGAUGUAUCGGGCUUCUUAACGGAAAGCUCAUCAUAUCGCAGCGUUCAUCCAGCAUCGGAUUUCUGUGCAUGACGUCGGCGUCAACAUCGCCUGUAUAUAGACGGACGCGCAGGACGUCAGUUAUGACUCUUAGAAUAGAUCACAAUCAACAGAGGGUUCUGCCAAAAGCGCCAACCCCGUGCUCAUACACCACAGUUUGCAAUACACCAUGAGCACUUUACUCAGGAUCAUGUUUCUGAUGUCGUGGAUGUGCCUGGAACCUACCUGUUCAUCGGUGGCAUUAUGGUGAGACAACAUGUGCGCUU